AUGAUACAGCGCAUCGUAGGUGCACAGUACAGCGGAGAGGGUUUAUUCGACAAAAUCGCGAACUUUGACCAGAAAUAUUACAUCACUAUGCCAAUCGAUGCGUGGAGGCUAGUCUACUGUGACUUGUACUAUAUCGACGGAACCAAUAGCUGCUCACUACAAGACAUUUAUGAGAGCCGUCUUCGGGAGGAAGAACUUCAAACUCCUGCGGCACGAGCUAGAGAGAAUAUACGCCGUGACGUGAUCAAGGUGGCACGAAGGAAUGCGAAAUGGGUGCUCUCAGAGCUUGAUCGACAUUCGGAUGAGGAAAAAGCACAGCCCCUUGAGGACUUUGGGGAAACGGUUCGUGCCAUAUGGAAGCGAGCGUCUCAUGCGCCACCAGCUUGGAUAGAAGAGAUUCUUCGGGCUCAGCAGCCCUGGGGAUUUGUCUACUACAAAGCCAAAGAAGUCAAAGAGCCAUAUGAUCUUAGGUGGGAUUCACUCUUGGAUAUGGUCAACAAAGGCCCGAUGCCUUCCUUAGAUAGGGACAUGAGAGAAGCAACCUACUUCAGUAUCCAUUGCCAGAGAAAACGCAGUGAACUGAGACAGUCUCUAGUAGCGGCGAAAAGUACCAAGGCCGAGUUAAGGUAUCCGUCUAUUCCCUGA